AUGAGAUACACACUACUUUCUGCGCUAUCGGCUUUGGUCGCGGCAUCGCCGACGUUCACAGCGACUGGCAACGACGUAGCUCCGCUUAUAUCAUCAGGCUCAGCAGUUGUAUUCCUUGAAAUAUGCAUUGUUGUUUUACAGAAGGAGCAUACAUAUGAGAUGUUUGGAUUCAUGGGAUACUCUGGUCAUUUCAGUGAAGAGACUUUCAAGUCAAUCCAGCGCCACUCUGAUAUUAACUACGUCAAACGCAACUCUAAAGUCUACCUCGACAAAAGUGAUCCUGAGAUCAACGAUGAUCCAUGCGACGAGCAUAUGAUCCAGAGGAAUGUUUCUUGGGGACUUGUUCGUAUCUCACAGCGUAAUGCUUUGGAGAGCGAAACGUGGAACAACCACUUAUACGCCGCCGAUGGUGGUGAGGGUGUUGACAUCUACAUCAUAGAUACUGGUACUAACAUUGAGCAUGUGGACUUUGAGGGCCGGGCUACACGACUCAAGCGAAUUCUGGAGAAUGAGCCUGAAGAAGAUAGCGGGAAGAAGGGCUUCAAGGGCAGUGUUUUCAAUAUGAGCUUAGGAGGUCCGGGUCCUGCUAUCGAUGUUGCUGUGCGUGCUGGCCUCCACUUCGCUGUCUCUGCUGGCAACGAAAAUGUCGACGCGUGUACGCGGCAUCCUGCUCGCUUCGACAAUUUCAUUACUGUCGGUGCAUCGAAUCUGCAAGAUCAGCGUGCGGAAUCCUCUAACCAUGGCAAGUGUGUUGACAUUUUUGCCCCUGGAGAUCUGAUUCUAUCUACCUGGAUUGGCCAUAAGUACGCUACCAAUCUCAGGUCAAGAACUUCUAUGGCUUCCCCCCAUAUCGCUGGUCUUCUUGCCUACAUGCUCUCUCUUCAGCCUGCCAAGAACUCUGCUUACUCUGGAGUUGAUAUCACACCUCAAAAGCCCAAGGCCAACUUACUCGCUGUUGAUACUGUUGAUGCUCUUGCACCUCUUCCCAGCGAAACCAAGAAUGUCCUCUUGUGGAACGGAGGUUCAGAAAAGAAAACAAUCUGCGUUUACUGA